AUGAAGGCCGAUAUAAUGAACACGCCGAUCACUGUCGUGCAGUUCCAGAGACUUCGGAACUUGUUGAGUAUCAAGGCGCCUAGGUCUGCCAAGUCGAGUAGGAGUGCUGUCGAAGAAGCACCUCGGCCAGAGAGUGGGAACCGAACGGUGCGUUUGGGACGAUUAGUACUGCGCGAAGGAGCGAUUUCUAUUGCGCCACUGUCCUGCCCUCUGGCCCCUUUGCUAUUCCUCGUGGUGGUUGAGUUGUUGGGAAUUGUAGUUCAGCAGUCUCCCACCUUGAAAGGACUCCCGGUCCCAGGUAGCCGUACUCAAACGCACCUCUUCUCUGCGUUUGUCGACGACUCUACGAUUUUUCUCGAGCAAGCGAAUCAGCUGGCACCGGCUCUUGCCCUCGUAUCACUCUUUGGAGCCUUAUCUGGACUGGAAGCCCAGCCGUCAAAGAGCAAAAUCAUACUCUUGAACACAGGGGUGCAGAUGCGAAAAAUGGUUGGCAUUUCGGUGCUACACCAGACGGAAACAGAUUCGAAGGCUUCAACGGCGGCUAAUCACAGCUUCCAGGGUCGCGACUAG